AUGGCGCGCAGUGGGUCGGCAGAAGCCGGGCCUGCAGCAGAGACGGAGCUUGUCCAGGUUGUAGCUGAGGGGCUGGGGACCAUCAUGCCGCUCCUUCCCCCGGACCUGCCGGCGCACCCCAAGCUGUGCCACUCCUUCUUCGACACCGUUGCAUUCAUGCACGAGACCUUCCCCGGCGCUAUGGCGAGCCUGCCGCCGCACGUGUGGGGCGCCCUGGUGGGCACCCUGUUCCAGGGCCUGGGCAUGGCGGGGGGCGGCCUAGCUCUGACCCAGGUGGUCCUGGACGGUCUGGCCGCGCUGGCCACCUUCCACGUCAAGGAUGCGCUGGCGGGAGGAAAGGGCGUCACGGACAGCAAUGUACCCGGCCCAGGUCGGGAAUGGGCUGGCUGCCACUCUCCGCUGGCUGCGCUGCUGGUCCGCGCCCUGCAGCGCGUCGUGUUUGAGGAGCGCGGCGCGGACGUGGUGGCGGCAGCCGCGCCGGCCCUGCUCCCCCUGGUCAUGGCAGAGCCAGAGGCUGUUCGCGCUUUCCGGGCUGACCUUGUGCACGGCAUCGAGGACCCCCAGCAGCAGCGCCUGGUUUCUGUGGCAUGCGAGAGCCUGGUCGCCGACCUACCCCAGGCCCUGAACCCCCGGGCCAAGGCCCGUUUUCUCUCCCAGCUGGAGAGCUUUGCGGAGGUGGCCCGUGCCGCGGCCCGCCGCAAAUAG